UUGAUACGUAACUGAUUGAGAGAAAGAGAGAUGCAAAGUGAGGAUAACGUAACGCGCGGAAUUGGCGAGAUAUUUCAGGACGCGAAUUUUCGUCCGCAAAAAUGACCAGUACUAGAACUCGACGAGACCGCGUCCCAACCACGUGGUGAUUUUCUCGAUUCCGACAGCGAUUCGAAACUGUUAUGAUGACACCGUAAAAUUUCAAACGCGAAAAAUCGAUUCGAAAAAGUAUCAGGAAUUGGUGUGAGAAUUUUUAGGACUAAAGAACACGGGAGAAAUAAGAACUACGAGCAGAUUGUUCACAAGUUUGUAUUUAUUUUCGGAAAAUAUGAAAGUGUGCGUAUAGAACUGGCCCACCCACCAGUCAGUGGUCUCGCGGCCUGAGCGCGAGGACUGUUGAGCGGGAAGUCCCGCUUGAAUUGGUUGUGAAAGUGUGGAAGAGGAAUGUGAGAAUGAAUGUGAAAGAAAUAUUGUAACCCCCUGAGGAGAAUCAAUAAAAAUUUCUUAGAAGUCAAUAGCGGCUAAAUUAUGGCCAAGACCGCUCUCCAUCGUCGUUUUCAAAAAGAAGUUUCGGCCUCGGUGGCCAAGAUCAAAGUGUAGCAGUUGACAGCGUCUCUCUUAUCCUGGGUGUGGCAUGACAUACAACAGGAUGGUUUGCUUCCAGUUAUUGGCGUCGUUCGUGUAGAUUGCUUGUUUUUUUUUGUUCUCACGGAAUCAUAUAGAAAAUAAUUAAUCCUAAAUACAGGAGUGAUUGCAACAAAAAUACAGUUUAUCGUCCUUGAUGCAAAAGAUGGAAAAGAGAGGCAGCACAGAACUACUUGGCGCAGAAAAGAACAACUCAAAGAACGCCAGUUCGGAUUCUCUCGAUUCAGAUAGCAAGAGCAGCUCACUCAAUUCAAAAAUAGGACAGGAAUCGGAAAGUUGGGAAAAAGCAUCACAUUCAAAGAGCUUUUCUUCAAGCUCCACUUCAACCGAUAAUAACAUAGUCUCUGCUUUAGAGGCUAAAAAAGAUAACCAAGUAAAAAAUUUGUCUGGAGGAGAUACCGGACCGCCACUUUUGAAUGGAGAACGAGUGCAAGGCAUUGCACAUGAAGUUACCUAUUUAUGCCCGUACUCGGGACCUGCCAGAGGAAUUCUUAGUGUCACAAACUACAAACUUUAUUUCCGUAGUGUGGAUCGAGAAACUCCUUAUGUUGUUGAAGUGCCAUUGGGAGCUGUUAGUCGAAUAGAAAAAGUUGGUGGUGCAACGAGCAGAGGAGAGAAUUCUUACGGAAUUGAAGUGUUCUGUAAGGACAUGAGAAAUGUCAAGUUUGCUCACAAGCAAGAGAAUCAUUCCCGACGAGACGUGUUCGAGAAGUUGCAACAGUAUUCUUUUCCGUUAUCUCACAAGUUGGAUCUGUUUGCUUUCGAAUAUUCCGAGAAUUUUCCUGAAAACGGCUGGAACGUUUACGAACCUAUAGCAGAGCUAAAGAGAAUGGGUGUAAAUAAUGAUAUGUGGAAAAUAUCGAAAAUCAAUGACACGUAUUCGAUAUGCGAUAGUUAUCCAGCCAUAUGGGCAGUGCCUGCCGCUGCGACUGAUGAAGAUCUUCAAGCAUCCGCAGCUUUCAGAAGUAGAGGCAGACUGCCGGUUCUUUCGUGGAUUCAUCCGGAAAGCCAGGCGACGAUAACGCGUUGCGCUCAGCCGUUGGUAGGUGUCGGAGGCAAACGUAGUCGCGAAGACGAGAGAUACGUUCAGUUGAUAAUGGAUGCUAACGCGCAAAGUCACAAACUUUUUAUUAUGGAUGCGCGGCCGAUGCCAAACGCAAUAGCCAAUAAGGCGAAAGGCGGCGGAUAUGAAAGCGAGGACGCUUAUCAGAAUGCGGAAUUGGUCUUUCUCGACAUUCCCAAUAUACACGUUAUGAGAGAAAGUCUUAGAAAAGUAAAAGAACUGUGUUUCCCAACAAUUGACGAGACUCGGUGGUUAUCGGGUAUAGAAUCAACAAUGUGGCUUAAACAUGUCAAAUGUGUUCUCGCCGGCGCUGUGAGAAUUGUAGACAAAGUCGAGAAUCACAAAACUUCCGUUCUGGUUCAUUGUUCUGACGGUUGGGAUCGAACGGCACAGCUUACAGCUCUCGCAAUGUUAAUGCUGGAUCCUUAUUAUAGAACAGUCAAAGGAUUCGAGGUUUUGAUAGAAAAGGAGUGGCUUAGUUUUGGACAUAAAUUUCAACAGAGAAUAGGCCACGGAGAUGAACAUCACAGUGAUGCCGAUAGAUCGCCGGUAUUUUUACAAUUUAUCGAUUGCGUUUGGCAAAUAAUGCGGCAGUUUCCUAACGCAUUCGAAUUUAACGAGCACUUCCUAAUCACUAUCCUCGAUCAUCUCUACUCUUGCAGAUUUGGCACAUUUUUGUUCAGCAGCGAACGUGAAAGAGUGCAAGAGGGAGUGAAACAAAGAACGGUCUCUCUGUGGUCGUACACGAACAGUCAGUUACCUCUUUAUCUGAAUCCUUUGUAUCGAUCCGGUACACCUUAUCAGCUUGUUUUGAUACCAGUUGCCAGUAUGCGUUACAUCAAACCAUUGAAAAGUUUAUAUUGCAGAUGGAAUCCCAGUAUGCGGCAACAGGAUCCCGUUCAUCAGAGAACACGAGAGCUUCUAGUCUUAAAAGAACAGCUCGAGAAACAGGUCGAAGAAGGUCGACGCGAACAAGCAUCCCGAGCGAAUCGCUCUGUAACUUCUCCGGCGCCGCCCAGAAUACAUUCCCCGGUUCACUCAUAGUGCCUUGAAAAACUAUCUAAUCAUUUUUUGUAACUGAGCUUAAUUCAAACUGGUAGAAGAUAUAUUGAGUGACUUCCGUUUGUGAAUGCUAUGUACAAUACGUUUCUUUAAUACUUAAAUAAGUGUAGAUGGCAGUAUUGUUAUCAUUCAACGAAUUAAAUGUCACAUAUGUAAAACAAUUUACUGUAAUGUACUUUGGAAUAUAUGCAGUAAUGUGUGACCUUA